AGAAAAGUGGAGUUUAUUAUUUAUCAAAAGCCAAAGAGAAUAGACGAUACAAAGGCAGCCAAUAUUAUAUAUUGCACUACAGUUUCUACCUUAACCGGGAGAAACAUAUGCGCACUCUUAGUGUAGCUUUGUUUUUAGGUUCUUAUUAUACAUCCAUGUUUUCAGGUCGCAAAGUAAAGUUAGUAAUAUAGCAUAGCCUAGCUUCAGUUAACGCGGUUUAAUCCAACGAUUCAUAUUGCGCUCUGCAGCUCUUUGGAGGAAAUAACUGACCACAUUAGUUAUCGGAUCAGUUUCAAGGGUCAACGUAAACACAACCACUAGGAAACGCGUUGUUUCGAUCAACACUGGGAAGAUCAACUUAACGCAAAACUACCCGGAUGAAGGCCUUACCAAUCGUGCUGCUCUUGUGCUAAUGUGGCUAAAGUCAGCUGGUUGAGCUAACGGUAGACCGCUUCUUCUCUAAAGUCAUCAAAGCAACCGACAAAAAAUGUUUGGUUCAUCGAGAUCCGGAGGGGUCAGAGGAGGCCAGGACCAGUUCAACUGGGAUGACGUGAAAGUCGAUAAACACAGAGAAAAUUAUCUCGGGAACUCUUUAAUGGCACCAGUAGGACGAUGGCAAAAAGGCAAAGAUCUGUCAUGGUAUGCAAGAGACAAAAAGGAUGGCACACCUUUGUCCAAAGAGGAGGAACUUGCUGCUGUUAAGGCUGCAGAGCAUGAGGCACUGAUGGCUGCCCUAGGACACAAGAAUAUGAAGAGGCAACCGACUGGCCUGACCAAAGAGGACCUUGCAGAUGUUUGCAGGAGGGAAGAUGAUGGCGAAGAGAGAAAUGUGGACCGUGUUUCAGGCUUGGGAAGCUCCAGUGCAGGGUCAAGAAAAAUGGUGCUAUCCCAAAAGGAAAAGGAGGCAGCUAAAAUAGGCUUGCCUGUUUUUACACACCAAAGAACAGAAGGUUGUCCAGAAACCUCAAAAACAAAGACAUCUCAGAGUGUAGAAAAAGGGGAUAUGGAACAACGGCACGAGAGCAAAAAGAAAAAGAAAGAGAAAAAGAGCAAAAAGAAGAAGGAAAAAAAGAAGAAAAGGGAAAGAAGAGAUUCGUCCUCCUCGGGGUCAGAUGACAACAGAAAGAGGCAGAGAAAGGACCACCAUCAUCAUAAUCCAUCAUACUAUAGUCAGAGUGGAGCCAGACCCCAUGACAGCCAUUCAAGGGGGGGAGCAAAGGCCGAGCAACGGCCCUCCUACCCCCAUCAUCGUCAGCAGCGGCAUGACACAGACUCCUCUGAUGGGGGGUCUCCUGUGCCCCGUAACCCUGUCAGCCACAAGACGGCUCCUGCUGGUGCCACACAAAGCCACAGGCGACGCCACGACACAGACUCGGACAACUAAUGUCCUCCCCAUCCCCCCCAAUUCUAAGACGCAUUACGUGGACCGAAUGUUCUACAGCAGCCUGGCUGGCCCUGAAAACCUCAUUUCCCCCAAAUAGCCAAACGGACGGUGGAUGGAGACAGGUCGAUGUGUCUGACUCGCAGGCUUUGGCCUCGUGUUUUAACUUCUUCACCCAAUGAGUUGGUCAGUUAGUCAUGGGACACUGGUGUCUUUUGUGUUAUAUUGCAUUGUGUUUGACAAGUUUUUAACACGAUUUAUGUGAUUAAACCAAGUAUCUAAUUUUC